AUGCAACCAAUCAAUUUAUUGCAACUUCCAUACUUUAAUCUAACAGAACAACCGUUAAAUAUUCCAAUUACAGCUGCCGUAAUCUCCGGUCCUAUCCCAGAAAAGUUCUGUCAGGAGGUGGGGAAGCAAACAGGAUACGUGACUCAGUCUUGUACUUCAAUGGGCAAGUCGCAAAAGUCAUCCACCCAUAUAAGGAACGGCGUUAUCCAUCUGAGAAGACAGACAUCAUUUUAUCCGUUUGACCUUCCUGGGUACAUGAUUGAACUUGCAGAAUUGGUAAACCGUAUGAAUCAACAGCAUGGGAAGUGCGAAUUCAAUGGAUACAUCCAACUGACUCGUGAUCAUCCAAUUAAAAAGACAAACAUCCAUACCCCGCAGCAGCGCCAGGUUUAG